CCCGUGCGAUACGCACGAGGCCGCGGCCACCCCUGGUGGCCCCGGUUUCCCAACAGAUAUCUCGUCCUUUCUCCCGGCCCGAUCGGCCAAGAUCCGAACCGACCACGACAACUGCUCCUCCGAGAGCCAGGGUUAGGGCGCCGGCGGGCUACGGUUGCCGCCGCAACAGGCCAGGGUUACGGCGCGUCCUGCCGACAACCCCGUUCGUGCGGUUACCCCGACGUAUCUACGCGCUCCCUUCCGGCGCGGCCAGCACCUCCGGCUCCGGCGAGAUCCAUGUAACAAAUCUAUCUGUACUUCGGUGCUACUUCUUUGGUGACACGCAGAUAUAUACACAUCUGUCGAUUCAGUCUAUUCUGAUGGACAAGGCAAACAACCAACAACGCUCUGUAACCGUAAGAGUCAAUAAGAGCGAUGCUUCCAAUAGGAUGAUGAGAUCGAAGGUGGCAGUGGAGCUUCACCUUCUACCCCAUGACGUUCUGCGCGACAUAUUGUCACGGCUAUCACUCAAGCAAGCCGUGAGGAUGAGCCUACUUUCUCGCGAGUGGAGGCGGCUACGGAUAUGCCCUCCGGACCUGGUGUUCACUGAAGAGACCCUAUUUGGCAGCAAUACAACCACGAUUACCGACCCCGAAUCCAUGGCUGCUGAAUUCCUGGAAUCAAUGAACAGUGAAUUCAUCACCAGAGUAGACAAUGUGUUGCGCGCGUCGUGCUCUACUUCCACUAUGAUAACUGCUAGUACAGUGAAUAAGUUUGUUGUCAAAUAUGGCCUCGGCAUAUAUCAUAAGAAUCACAUUGAUAGAUGGAUUGACUUUUCCACCGCGUCGAUGGCCAAACACAUUGGUCUUGAUCUCCGGGGAGACGGCUUUGCAGGUGGCAAAUAUGUUGUCCCACUGCGUAAACUCAGCGGUCCGAAUGGCUCUUGCGUCAAGUCUCUUGAUCUUGCUUAUGUCUGUGUAAAUCUGCCUGCUAGUUUCCGUGGUAUCACAAACCUGAAUAAACUCAGCCUGAAUAUGGUGUCCAUGGAUACACAUGAUCUCGAACGGUGA